AUGCAGGUUGAUCGAUUCCAGCACUCAAUUGCAGCUACUUGGAGCGGCUUCAAUUGCGGACAUACAAUGGCCUAAGCUCAUUGUUGCACUGACUUCGACUUUGUAGCAAAUCAAUCGAUCCAUGGGUUUGCAAAGCCGUUUCAAGUUAGCACGUCAUUUUUCACAUUCUUUGUCCUUGCGUUCGGGAUGCCACCGUCACAAUUGUUUAUCGAGCGUAUAAAUAUCGUCUCCCCCCUUCUGACACCAUCAACUUGAACAUCAAGAUCAUCCGCCCAUCUGAUUCCGCGCCUCUCCAUAUCCAAUUCUUACUCUUGAUCACGAUGCAAACUGCGGUCGGUCGCCCGAUUCCCCAAAGAGGCAUGGCAAAAGCUAUAUCCUUCACUGGUGGCAACCGCUCAGAGGCGAUGGCAGUCCUUAAAUACUACUUGCAGAAUAUCACGCCACAGGAAUUACAUGCGCGGAUUACAACUGCCUUGUCCAAUCGAAUGCUUCUCUCAACGGAUAUUGAGAAUUUUCUCUCCGGGCUAGAGGGUAUCGGUGUCGUAACUUCUAGCGCUCAUGCUGCUGUGAGGGACAAUGUGUUCAGGCACUGCCUGCGCUGUCACCAGCUGUAUAUGGAACGCGAUAACAGACCCGGUUCCUGCAUUAUUCCCCACAUUCCGCAAACGCCUGCUGGAACGGAAAUAAUGCCCAAGGUUCGGAUCGCGUGCUGCGGGGCUGAUCUGAGCCUGAGCGUUACGCCGACAUCGGCACAUUUCGUGGGACGUCACACGACGUCAAUGCAGAACGUGGAAUAUAAUGCGAUUAAUGUCAAGACGUGUGCUGAAAAGAAGUGUGCUGGGAACUUGAACGUUUCCGUGCUUGCGGAGGGGAUAUGACAUGAGAACGACUCGGACGGGGGAGGCCCAUCGAUCAGAUUGUCGCUGGGUUCCUUGUAGUUGUUAUGAAUCCAUGACAU